UAAAAACCUAUAAUAACCAAUUGAGCACAAACAAAUAACAGCCGCGAAUAAAUUUCAAUCAUCAACGCGAUCGGUAAAUAAACUCCCUCGAUAUCCAACAGUACAAAAACCAAGCGCCCGCAAAUACUGCGAAAUCUCUCCCCAACGCCACAAACGCUCGGAUUUCAAAGUACUUAGUGUGCGUUUGUUUACAUUUUGAGACCAAGUCCCCAUACGCGAGAGCGCGACCGGCUUGAUCUUGACGCCGCUUUUGCCGUCAUUACUAUGCUUGUAUUCGUAGUAGGAAUCAGUCAAUGCACGAGGGAUUUGCAGUUUAACUGUGCUCGCGUGAUUGAUUUUUAAUUUUCAAGACAAAGAAAAGUUUUUCUAAAGGACGUAUUUAGCAUAAUGGGCGGCUCACCAGCAGAAGAAGAAGGUCCCGAAGUGGAUGAGAAUCUGGCAAAGGUGAUACAAGGCACGUACUCUGGUAGAGGCAUAUCUACCAUACUCGUCUAUCCGGAUAAGUGCAUAUGCCAGAGGCCGUACUCACACAUAAUUUGUCUAAACUGUGGACAUCUUAUGUUUGGACGUGUGAGAUAUCAAUGCCCAAAACAUAAAAUGGUCACAUUUCUCAUAGACAUUACGCAUUGUCCUAGAUGCAAAUGUUUAGAAUAUAUGCUCAGCGAAUUCAGCAAAGAAGAUGAAGAGCUUUAAGCCCUCUUAAUCGCUUAUCUUGUUUUCGUUUCAAACAAUUCCAAUGUUUUAUGUACUCACUUUCCGUUGUGUGUACCUAAUAAGCUGAGAAAAGCAAAAUAAAAUUUUUCCUUUUAUAAUAUAA